UUUGUGUGUGACCAAGAGACACGCAAGUUUUAACAUUCGUUACAAAAACUCUCGAAUAAUUACACUUGAAUAGGAAAGUCUCCAAAUUUAAUAUCUUAUUAUUUACGUCACGCUAUGUGCUCAGGCGAGACGUGUGAAUUCUAAAGAUGGCUUUAUCAGUAUCAUUUCUAGAUUGUGUGGAAAAAGCUUCAAAACAGGGGUAUUCGGAGGUACCGGCGAAUCUGGGAUAUUUUGAGUCGGAAGGAAAAGAAAUAAACGCUGACAGCGUUUUUAUUCUCGUCGUGCACUACAACUUUGAGAAAGGCAUAGAUGAUUGGCCACGACCAGGCAACGAGCACGACGUUGAAAAUUUAAGGAAAACUUUUAGCCGAAACAGAAAAUGCGGGUUCCGCGAGUGUUCGCCGAAAAAGGAUGACCUUCUCGCUCUUCUUCAAGACGAACAAACUCUGAAGAGAUUUUUUGGAGCCCCUGAAGGCAUAGAACCGGCGAUUUUCUUUUUGAUCGUUUUGUCGCACGGGAAUUCGGACGGAGUUAUUUUCACGGAUACCCUUCAAAGCUCUGAUCCAAAAGAUUACGAGAAAUUCACCACGAAAGAACUGUUCAAAUCUAUCAAAAACAUUUUUCCAAAUUGCUUUAAAGGAGUUUUUCUUGGGCCAUGCAGAGGUCAACUAGAGGACCGUAUCUUUUAUCCCUCUCAAGCCAAACCUGGCCAGGUAGAAGAUCUCACGAAAACCGCAAACUCGAGUAGAGUUUCCUUUGAGCCGAAUAUGCGCAACCUAGUCAUCUUCUAUGCAACUGUCGAAACGACAAUGUCAUGCAGGGACAAAAAGGCGGGCACUUGGUUUGUCUCAGCUUUGUGCCAGGAGUUGAACGAGAUGGGGCAGAAUGAGGGACUUCUAAAAUUAUUGACUGGUGUCCAGAACCGAAUUCACAAAGAGACGAUUGGUUCAUUUCAUUCGACUGGCCAGACGCCAGAAUUCAAAUUGUUCUCUUGCGAUAGAAAAUUAAUUUUUAAAGCUCUCGACUUGAAUAUGAUUGUGGGUGGGCUGUCAAGAAGUGGGACAGACGCCCGAGGCAAAAAAGCCAAAACAGGGAGCUCAGUGGAAGAAAAGCCGCCGUCGAUUAACUUUGAGUGGUGGAAUCCAAAUUCAAAAACUGUCCUCAGAGGCCGAAGGGCAGUGAUUUUCAAUCAAGGAGAAGAAAAUGAAUUUAUAAGAAAACUGGACGCUGCUCUGGUAGCAAAUCUAGGUUUUGAAACUAUAUCCGUGAAAAUUGACAAAGGUGGAAUCGAUUACUACUUCAGUCAAUCGGAAAAAUCUUGGACUGAUUACGGCUGUUUCGCUGCUUUCAUUUUUGCCGAGAUUUCAGAGGGAGAGGAUGGGCAAAUUUACAUUUAUCUGAAUGAAAACGAGAAAGUUCCGAUUGGUGAAUUGAUCCACGGAUUGUUAGGGCCGACAAACAGUGACUGGAUCGGAAAACCAAAGCUAUUUUUCCUUGUCGAUACUAAGUCCACGUCUACAGACAAUGCAGGAGCCAAAACUUUUAAUCCUGAUGAUUUUCUCCAAGCAACUAAUCACUGCGGAUGGCUGGUGUUUACUCUUCUAAGUUCGACUUUACUACAAAACUUCCUGGAGAUUUUCGAGAGCCAAGAAAUAAAGAAAACGAGAAGCCUUCAAGAAAGCCUAGCCGAGUUGCUAAUGGAAAGGAUGAAUGAAAAACCGGAGGGGAUGAUAGUUUCAACUUUACCCCACCUCUUGAUCUUCCAAGAAUUAGAGCGAAAUUUUAUUCAGCCACACUUCCUUGUAGAAGGAAAGGGUUUCAAAUCAGGAGAAUUUGAAUGGGACGAAUUAUUGGACUUCAAACCAAUCAAAGAAGAAGUUCAAAUUAUGCUUCUAUCUUCGCUUCCAGGAACAGGAAAGUCAACAGUGAUGCGCGAGUUGGCAUUAGAACUGCAAAGAAAUUUGAAAGGCAAAAUCAAAGUUUUUCUAGUUGUUCUUUCGCAAACUUAUAGACUUUUUGCCGAUGCAAAGAAGGAAAGAAAAAAAGUUCCGUCACUUGCUUUAAUUGUUUCCCAUGCCACUGGAACUCGAGAGAUGGAAAUUCAAAAUUUUAUCGACCGGAGGGAGGUGAUUUUGAUGUUCGACGGAUUCGACGAAAUAAGUCCCUAUUACCGAGAUCAAGUGCUUCAAGUUUUUUCUCAAGCGACGGAAGCAAAAGUACCGAUUUGGAUUGCAACGCGGCCGCAUGAGGAAGACGCAAUUCUUGCGAAAUUCAGAAGGGGAAACGUAAUUUGCAAAGCCAAAAUUAUGCCUUUAGACUGGCUCCAACAAAUAAGAUUUAUGAUGAUGAUUUCAAAAAAAUCUGUAAGUGAACGUGAAUGUCAGAUCGAAUUCUGCAGAAGGAAUGGCUCAAAAGAUAUUCUAGGAAACCCUCUCCACUUAAAAAUGAUUGCUGAACUCAGUGAUACAGAUAACAAAAAGGGGAUCAACUUGACUGAAAUCUACGAAAGAAUUGUUGAUAAAAAAUUACGCUUUGCGCUAAGACACUUGAAGGGUCUCCCAUUUGAGGAUGAAUUAAUUUCUUGUGGAAGGGAACUGAAAAUUGCUGCUGUCAAAUUUCUAAGUGGCAGUAAAAUUGAUAUUUCAAAAUAUGCCAGCAGUGGAAUUGUAACAAUCAGCAACGGACGUGCCCAGUUCGUUCACCAAACGUUCGCCGAGUUCCUCGCGGCCACGCAUUUCAUCGAUUGUUUGUUCUGUGAAAACGAAAAGAUGCCCUUCAAUAUUUUGAAACAAGAAUUCCAUCAAGUCCGCAAGUUUGUUGAUCUUCAUAUUUGUUCUUGCAGUGAGGAAAAGUCAGUGUUAUUAAUAUCGCUGGAAAAAUGCUUGAAAAUUGGUCUUACUAAAUCAAAGCUUGAAAACGUUAUCCUGAGGGAAAAUCUAGUUAAUUUUUCCACCAUCGCUGCAAAUCUUGUUACUUUCAAUCAGACGAAAACAAAAGGACUGAAUUACGUAACGACUGACCAAAUUUUGGCAUUGUCUUGCAAAGUUAACGAACACUUUGCAUUGGGACUUUUGAAGAAUGGCGCAUAUGAAAAGUUGGUAGAUGAAAAUACUGCAACCGUAAAAAUGCUUGUAGGUGCAAUUGAAAAUAAUUUUGUACAACUUUUUUCAAAAGUAAUAGAAAAAUGUAUACAUUUUAUGGAGUUAGUUCGGAAGAAUGAAGCAAUAACUGGGUCUGUUGAAAUCGCGAGCUCAAGAAAUCAUCACGAAGUUCUGAGGCUGGUGCUCGCGAAAGGAAUUAUUGAUCCAAGUGAUCAAGAUGCAAUAGAGUGGGCAAUGAAAUUUGCUGUUGAAAAGAACAGCGCCGAAUGUGUUGAGCUUCUAAUUGAACACGGUGCUCGAACAGCCGUCUUUGAUGGGUUUAAAACUGCAUUUUUUGACAUCAAGACAACGGAAGCAUUUCUCAAAACAAAGGAUGAGCCGGUGCUAAAAUUAGCGUCAAGAAUUUUCGAUUGGUGCCUGACAUGUGAAAAUGCUGAAGUGGCAAAUUUUUUAUUUGAAAAAUUCAAUGUUGGUGAAAAUGCAGAAUUUGAAGUGAGGAGAAGUGCCCUGAUUUAUAUAGCAAACUGGAUGAAAAGGUUUCACAACAUAGCGGAAUUUUUGGGUCGCUCUCUUGUUGAAAAACGUGGUUUUCCAGUUUGUGAAAAUGAUGAAAAUGACAAAUGCGGGUGGAACGCUUUUCAUUGUGCAGCCAAAGGGCAAAAUCUGGGUUUGGUCAAGUACUACCUUGAAAAGGACCCUGCGCUCACCAAAACCUUAACGGUUGAAGGCGAAAACAUCAUGCAUCUAUUAUUGAGUGGUUCUGAAAAUUGGGAUAGCAAAUUUGAAAUAUGCAAGUUUUUACAUGACCAUGAUGCCGAGAUGGUGAAGCAAAAGACAUUGAAAAACAAAACAACGCUCCAUUCAGCCGCUGAAGGAGGACUUGAUGAAUUGAAAUGGUUGGUGGAAGAAGCGGACGUUGAGGUUGAUGACGCCGUGGACGACUGUGGAUGGAACGUUAUGCAUUUCGCUGCUUCUUCUCCGUGGGCUGAACUCAAACUCUUUGAAUAUUUGCACGAGAAAAAUCCCCGACUAAUUGAGAAGAGGACCAAGAGAAACGAAACUCCGUUGCAUCUUGUAGUAAGGAAUAAGCACGGGAGAGGAAAAAAAUACAACUGGUUCGUCAGCAAAGGAGUUGAUACUUCGGUGCGAAAUUCAGAUGGCAAAACAGCUCUGCAAACAGCCAAUCUACUUUUUCUUUAAGAAUUCAAUGCAUUAUAAAGUUUUAGUGAAAAAAUAAAAAAUGCUUGCAUACAUUUAU